GGGCUGGUGGGCCGUGUUCCAAUUCACCCAUCGUCAAUAUUGUAUAACAGUGAUAUCUUCUGUUCUUCUGUAUCCCGUUGUACAAACCAUCCGGGACUCCCACCACCCGCCUGGGGUUAUAUGAUCAGUCCUAGGCUCUCUAGGUACUCUCUACACGUUUAUUUUUCCCGUGUCCUGUUAUACAAUCUCCCCUCAUGCAGGAUCCACCCCGAAAACGCAUUCGAGCUCGAAAUGCAUGCGAUAGUUGCCGUAAGAGAAAGCGGAAAUGUGAUGGUUGCUCACCAUGUUCAGAGUGUGUAGGUUAUGAAUACGAUUGUAGCUUUUCGACCAAUACCACGCCAGCCAGCUCUAUGAAGAAAGCAAAACAAUCUCAUGAGCCGACAUUCCAUGGAUCUGCGUCUCAGAACAUUUCCAGUGCAAUUGCAUCGAGUACUGAAUCAUCUGAUCUUACACAGAGCGGAGGAAAGCAUUCGAACCUCGCUUUGGUGAUCAAUGAGAAACAAGAAGAAACCGCAGGCCAAAAAUUUCCCAAGGAAAACAUUAAACAAGGCACUGCUAGCAAUGAAACCACAAAUGAUUUAUCGAUUUUGGAGCCAUACAAAUGCAGGUUUACCAGCGCAAAUAGCGCCGUCGCAUUCCCAAGAUGUCUAGGAAUGGAAAUGGAGAUGGUCACACCUCCACGGUUGCACAGUUAUGCUUGGAAUACCGGGAUCCGAUCAGAAGUACCGAAACCGAAUUAUAUGCGCUUACAUGAAUUUUGUUCUUGGGGAUUUGCAUCUUCAGCAAUAGAUGUUUAUUUUGAACACAUCAAUCCCGUUUUUGGAUUUUUAGAAAAGGAAAAGUUUCGGCACAAAUGUGAGCUUUUUUGGAAAGAUGAUACGGGAAGUAUUGGAUUCGAGGCUCUUAUCUGUGGGGUUGUGACUUUGGGUGCAUUAUUUACGAGACAAAUGGCAAGUGUGCUUGAGAGUGAUGUCUUCGAGCAUGGCCGGUGCUUGCUGGAGCAAGGAUCUCAGAGGCACGGCGAUAUGUCUCUUGAACAUGUGAUGGCAUGGACAUUGCGGGCUCUUUAUCUUCGGUCCACGAGCCGUCCCAACUUGUCUUCAUUGGCAAUAUUUAUGACCGUUCAUUUGGCUGAAUCAAUUGGCCUUCAUCGAGAAUUGGAUACUGUUGUUUUCGCGGUUGACGGAUCAAGAAAGGUCUUCACACCUGAUGUAUUGGAAUUACGUCGAAGGGUCUUUUGGAUCGUGAUGUCUCUGAACCAGUUAUUUGCUGCCGAAUACGGCCGUUCAAAGGUUUCGUUGGACAACGUUAGAUGCCGAAAACCUAUCGCUAAGGAAGGCGAUUCAAUCUGCGACUUGAUUGCAAUGGCGGAACGGCUGUCCUCUUGCACUAGCUCGGACGUCGACUCUGACGCCCUGCGAAUAUCAAUCGAACAUUUGUCGAUCUUACCUUGUCACCUUUCAGGACUGGCCAUGAUCAAGGCGGAUGUUGUUUUGUGUCUCUCUCGAAAACUACACCUAAGUCAUUCAAAAUUCUCUUCUUCUGUCUUGAACACUAUAAUGGUGGUUCUCCGUAGUGCCUUUGCGGAGUCAAGAAUUCUGUCAGACAAACGAGUGCCCUGGUGGAACGUGGUCAGUGUUCCAUUCAAUACAGUUUGUCUACUGCUGUCGAUAAAUACGCGUCACAGUAUAUCCUUUUUGCCCGAAGCCAUGGACACUCUAGAAAUCGCUAGCAAAUCAUGGGAUACCCACCUGUCGAGAGAGGCUUUACAUACUGCGCAAAUGUUGGUCAAUCGAUUCAUAGAUAUGAAGCGUGAAGAUCAGAUGAUUCUAGAAUCUCUUCAUCGUGUUGUUGACCACCCCAGUGUAUCUUCAAGCACCCAGAAUUGGACAGGGACUAUUGGAAAUGAUCUAUUCGGAGGCUUAGACGGACAGGAUUUUGGGUGGGCACAGUUUUUCGGUGAUGUUGUGGGUUAAUUUGGAAGUCACCUCAAACGCAUUUUCAAAUGUGCUUUCCGCGGAGGCUUAUUUUAGCCUUGGAAUGAUCUACCUGCACGUCACCACUGCUUCAAAAGACCUAUUAGCGUCAAGACCAAAAGAAAGCAGGCGCAGGGGUGUUUCGAUCUCUCUGUGAAGGAACAACAACUCAACUAGAUAACAUGUGACUACUUACCGAGUAAGUUAUUAGCGAUUAGCGAUUAGUAUUCUUCAUUUUGUUUUAGAUUAUAAUUCGGGACUAAACCGAAGAUAAAAUUGUUGUGAUAAGUUGGCUUUUGAGAAUUACCCUCGAGUUUCCUUGGGGGAAUUCACGUAAUCAUCGGAAGUCUUUGAAAGGCCUUGGGGCACAUCACAACAACACCUCAUUGUUUCAUGUGUAUGUACUUUAGGAUGCGUUUGGCAGGGUUUGGUAAAUAACGGGAAUAUUUCACACUUUAGUGGUCCUUCGUCAGGUACUUUUGCUUUUCUCCACUUCCUUCAUGAACAUAAAUGUCUUCCGCAAUAUCCACUCCAUCCACCUAUCCAAUGAUGAUUCUCAUGAGCAUGUAGAUAUACUAGGAUAAUUGUAAUAUUUAAUAUGUCAGGAAGUCA